GCACGGGCCAACCCUCACGGGUCGCAGUCCCGCAGUCCGAGCCAUGGUGUCACCUGUGCUUAGCGGGCUGGCGGGGCUCGUGGCGAGCAUUGCCUCAGUAGUGCUGCUGUAUCCUUUGGAUCAGGCAGGCGUCCUGUCGCAAGCAACCGGUGAACAUGGUGGGCUGCUCUACUUCCUGUUGUUAGACGAUGCCUUCAGAGGGCUGACUAGCCAACUGCAGGCGACUGGCUUCUCAUACUUUGUUUAUUUUGGUGCUUACACUGCAUUCAAGGGCCGCUUGCACGCGCCGUGGCUGCCACAAAGCCUGGCGGACUUGCUGGCUGCUGGUCUGGCGGGGGUACUUGGCGUGCUGCUGAGCAAUCCGCUUUGGGUGGCCACCACGCGCUUGAAGAUCGGCAAGGCCACGGGCACGGGUCUUUGGCAGGAGCUUGGCUACAUCAUGGCCGAUGAGGGUGCCGGAGCUUUGUGGAACGGGGUCUUCUCCUCUUUGCUUUUGGUUGCCAAUCCUGCCAUUCAGUUUGUGAUUUACGACAUGCUGAAGCGGAACCUCUUCAGGCUGCCGCAGCCCAAGGCGCUGGAGGCCUUCCUAGCAGGUGCUUUGGCCAAAUCCUGCGCCACCUUUGUCACGUACCCCGCGCAGGUGAUUCAGACGAGGCAGCGCGUGUAUCGUCACGUGCAAGGCAUGGACGAUAUGAGCCUUGUGGACUGCUUGAUGGAUGUGGUGGUGGCUCAUGGGUUCCUGGCACUUUAUGCUGGAAUUGAAGCAAAGCUGUUGCAGACUGUGCUGAACUCUGCGCUUAUGUUUAUGUUUUACGAGAAGCUGCUCGCUGUAUUGGCGUCAGUGCACGUGCAGCUGGUCAGCGCAUUCAGGCUUCGCCGAUUGAAGCGUGCCAGUUCCCGGACCUAUGCCAACUGAGCCGUUUCUUUCCGGUGAGAAGUGACAUCAAGUUGGUGCGCCCAUCGUUCCAGCCGCACCUCGUUUCACGGUAGUAUCUCAUCUUCAUGCGAAUCUGGAGGGCAUGGGGCAACAGGAGCAGUCCGUGCUCACCACGCGUUUAGAUUCGUGGCCAGAGCGCCGCAGAGAC